UGUAUUAUCAGAUACCCCUACAUUCCUUCCAUGGAGCUCGACGGGACGUCCAUACUCGCUUUGGCGGACAUGCUCCGCUCUCCCAAUGGGGAGGCAGAGUCUGGAUCCGCCGCAACAUACACACCCUAUUCCCAAACAUCUGAUAUUUCUCCAGGAUCCAUUGGACUGACAAAAGUUGCAGAGCGUUCAUUAGUGGAAAAGGAAUCAAGACCAGAUACCUACUCAAAUGAGAUCUGGACCGAGGACGAAGUGGAGGUUGAUGUGGAGGUCGAGGCAGAUCCCAGACCACUGCCAGAAUACACCCUUCGCUAUCGCCAACGCGUGUCUGCCAAUGAUCUCUACUUGGGAGGACUGAGCGGCAAAACACCAUCAAUACACGACGCAGAUGAUCUUGUUGUCUCGAUUUCCAUGCCCCACGCAAAAAUGAAGGAUGUCGACUUGGACUGCACAGAGUCGACAUUGGAAAUCCGCUCUCCACAAUAUCGGCUGAAGCUCCCUUUGCCAGAUUUGGUAGACUCUGAUAAUGGUGAAGCAAAAUGGGAUAAAGGAAAGAGUUUACUUGUGGUCACCUUACCAAUCAAGCGUGAAAACCGCUUUUAGCGUAAAUGGCGUAUGGUUAAAGCGAUAUGAGAUUCCGUAAAUGUACCAUAAAGUUUUUCAAAAUGCGUUCCAAGACCAGCUUCAAUAACACACAUACGUAGUACUUCUACUGUGUCCAACUAAUGGUCCAAAAUUCGCAAA